AUGUCUGCAAAGUCUGAUUUAUGUGAAACUUGUGAAAUAAUGAAAAUAAAUAUUCAAUACACUAUGCAGUAUGAAAAAAAAUUAGAACUAACUAAUAAUUAUUUGGCAUAUUUAAAUCAUGCACAAGAAGAACGUGACUAUUAUAAUGUUAAUAUUGUAAAAGCUACUGAAGAUGCUGAAAUGCCUGAUGAUAGAAAGCAAGAAAAAGAGU